CAGCCCAAUCCGCGCCGUGGUUACAUGCUAAAUUUCGCUCUCAACUUCAUUCAGGAUGCCUCGGAAACCCAAGUUCAUUCCAGGGCCUUCUCGCCUAUCUGUCAUAUUGAAGGAGCUGAAUGAGGAGCCGAGGUUAUCCUUGACCGGUCUACGAGGGAUAAGCUUGAAGCUGGCCGCAAGAAACGAUCAUUUCGGAGCACGGCAUUUUGUCAAGAAAGAGCUCAGACGCAUACGUUAUGCCAACCCACAACUCAACGUGGAAGUCAGCAAACUUCCAAAACCUCUACAAGACAAUUGGACACCGGAGAUGGUCGUCGAGUUCGAGGACGGAGUCAAGACCACCAUCGACAUUUCCAAUAAAUGGUCUACAUCUAUUACCAAGGAACUAAUGGACCUUGCUGGCGGUGAUCGAUGGAAAGAAUACAAGGCUACUGCUCAAGCUGCUGGUCUGGCCAUUCUUCCUGGCGAGGAGAAGGAACGCUUAGCAGCUGCCAAGAAACGGACACCGAAAUUGAGUACCCAUAACCCAGAGAAUCUGGAAGCCAUGGUGGAAAAUAUGUUAUCAUCACCUGAGCGCCCAAAGACUGGAGCUGCUGCCAUACUACCCUAGCUUUAUGAUACUUUUCUUACUUCAGCUAUUAGACGCAUGC